AUGGCCGACAUCACCGAUCAACACGAACAGACCUCUCCCGCCGACCUCGACGAGUCGCAGGUUGGCAACGGCAACGUCGCCGAGAACAGAGGCGUCAAGCGCCAGCGUCCCAGCACCGCCGACGACGAUGACGACGACGACGAGAAGGGCGGCCGCGAGCGUCGCAAGAUUGAGAUCAAGUUCAUCAACGACAAGUCUCGUCGCCACAUCACUUUUUCCAAGCGCAAAGCUGGCAUCAUGAAGAAGGCUUACGAGCUUUCCGUCCUCACCGGUACCCAGGUCUUGCUCCUUGUCGUCUCAGAGACUGGCUUGGUGUACACGUUCACGACACCGAAACUCCAGCCUCUCGUCACUAAGGCUGAGGGCAAGAACUUGAUCCAGGCGUGUCUGAAUGCCCCCGAACCCUCCCAGGGCGGCGAGAACGGCGUCGACGACUCAAACCAGGUUGACUCUCCCGAAGAGCCCCCCCAACAACACCUCCCUCCUCAACGUCAAGGUAUGCCCCAGAACCACAUGCCUCCCCAAUACGGCAUGCCCGUCAACCCCAUGGACCCCCAGGCCCUCGCGUACCAGAGCUACGUCCAGCAACAACAACGGGGAGGUGGCUACAUGCCGCAGUCUGGUCUUCCCCAGCACACGUCGCACCAGUCAUGA